AUGUCGAGAAUAGGCAUGCAAUACUACAUUGAUAAGUUACCUGAUGGUUACGCUUUGUACGAGGUCGAUCAGCCAGGCGGGCCUCAAGUUUACAAACGGCUCUUCGGACACCCUUCCGGCAGGUACUACGACUCGGCUGUCAGGUUCCAGGUGCACUUUCUAUGGCUUAUGUCUGGCAUGCAAGGCCUCUGCGAAUGCGUCCAUUGUGGUAACCCGAAACCACUCACACCACGACCGCGCCAGAUGCCCUUGCUAUCAAGAGCUCUUCAAUCAUCUGCAAUUCAGACUGCUGGAUCAACAAGAUCGAGCUCUGCAGAUGGCCGUACCGCCGGUGGCGCUUCGGGCAGGCCGCAACGACAAAUCAGAAGCGCAGGAACAGCGUAUGCCCAAGAUGUGGAAGGCACCGAGGACGUGUACAAGGAGUUACUCAAAAGACUUGAGGCAGCGCAGGGUAGCAGGAAGGGCAUCGAAGACGACAUCAGAGAACUCAAUUCGAUUGAUUGGAGAGCCGAGCAUUUUUGGGAUGGCUUUGGCGCCGACUUGAUUCAACGCGUCUUAAACACUAUCGAGCUACAGCAUUCCUUCAUCCCGCGGGUUGGGGAGCUUGUUUUAUGGUGUCCUCAUUUCCUGGAUGGUCACUAUCUGAUGCUCGACGCCAAACGGGGCGAAUACAAGUUCUAUUCGUUUGAACAAAGGUGUUUCCAUGGAUUUCCGGCCUGGAGAGCCGGCGUGGUAGCGGCUGUGCCAACGGUUACCGCCAGUGAUGGACCUAUCGACUUCCCCGACAUCCAAACCCUUCCAAAGAAGCGAAAUGCUCUCAACACAUCUGGGUUUCGCAUUGAGACGUUCCCAGAUCCUAAUAAUGCCGUCGAUAAGAGGGCUUCCAAGCAGUAUCGCUAUGUGCCUCUCCGGAAUAUUAGGCCCCUCACCCAAUGGAAAGCACUUCUCAACGGCCUGCCACAAAGCAAGUGGCAUCCAUCCAUCUAUCAUGCCCUGACGUGUAUGACCAGCAUAUCUCUCGUUGAAAAGUUUUGGUUCAACGGCGUUUGGCCCAAUGCUAGCAUACGAUGUAAAGGUAUUUACAUCGGGGCUGAGUUGAUCACCGUUGGUGAUACGGUACGCAUCGCGCCUGAGACUGGCUCGUCGGCCAAAAGGAGGAAUUGCACUGAUGUCCUGGUCGUCGAAUCAAUCCGAUUAAACCUCCAUGACAUUGAGCCCGAGCACAUAUCUCCAGAAUCACCGCUCUUAUCAUCGUCAUCAUCGAUCACCCUCAUGGGGACAGCUUACACACUUGACAUCCGCCGCCACUAUCAAAUGCAGGGGAAGUAUCCCGAUACGAGCCACACUGUCCUCCCGUCACCGAUCCCUCCUGGAGAAGUAAAGACUGUGUUUCGGCCUGUUGGCUCAGGGGACUAUGGGCCAUGGUAUCAUAUGCACGACCCUGCCAAACGCUUCGAGGUUUCAUAUGACCAAGUACUUGGCAGAAUGUAUGAAGCCGCUGCUGUUGAAAUAUGGGCCGGCCGGCUGCAGCACAAGUACUCAGGAACAGGGGAGGGCCGCGUCAAGCCAACCCUGAGCUACGACCUCAAUGCGAUUGAAGAGGCUCGUAGAUUCGCUACUCGAACGGACCUAAGGCUGGAGGAAGCCAAAGACGGCGAGGUACGCUGGCUCUGGGCGGACACCAGGGCGGAGGCUCUCGAUAUCGCAACAAUCAACGGGUUCGAAGUCGGCCGAUACCAUGACAUCAGAGAUAAAGAGACCCUGGAGGCCUGGAGAACACAGCUGAGAAUCCUCAAUGGUCAUCCCAUCACUAAUGAUUAUUUCAAGUUCACCUCAAGCCUGAACUUGCCAGUGCUGCAGGGUGGGGCACGAGUCGGGAGGAAACCAGGCUCCAAAGUUAUCAAUGGCAGAGUCUUCGCGCCAGGGGAUCCGGAGUACGAUGAAGUCGUCGCUGCUGCACCUGAGGUUCAAGUUCAAUCCACACCAAAACACAAGACAAGUCAGCUCGCUGGUGCAGCAUUGGUGGGAACGGACGAUGAUGACGAUGAUGAUGACGAUGACGAAGGUGAUGAUGUCUUUGAAGAUGCGAAUGAAGUGGUGGCAAGCGUGGAGGAGCAGGGCGCAUAUCAUAAUCCUGUCCCGCAGCAGUCGACGCAGCCACGGCCGAAGCAGCCACGGACCAAACAGCAGAUAAUGUCAAGCGCCGUUGCGUACAUCUCAGACGAUGAAGAGGAGUGGUACACUAAACCACUACCCAUCCGAGGAGGGACCGAGGAGUCGGAAGGAGGCGACUAUGAUCCUUUUAGAGGGGAGUGA